AUGGAUAUUGCAAGGUUGGCUCGAAAUGUGAAAAGAAGAUAUUGCAAGGUUGGCUCGAAAUGUGAAAAGAAGAAGAAGGUUGUGAAUCCGUUGUUUGAGAAACACCCAAAGCAGUUUGGGAUUGGGGGAGCUUUGCCUCCUAAAAAGGAUGUGCAUAUGUUUGUGAGAUGGCCACCAGUUGAUCAAAUUCAGAGGAAAAGGAGAAUCCUCAAGCAACGUUUGAAGGUUCCACCAGCUGUGAAACAGUUUAGUAAGACCCUUGACAAAAAUCUAGAUAUUGCAAGGUUGGCUCGGAAUGUGAAAAGAAGGACCGUUAAAGGAUUUUGA